UGCUCUUCGCUUCCUGCCUGGCGGAGGGAGGGGACGGUGCUGACGGCUGGGAGGACGAGCUGAACGUUAAGAAAGCCUUGGGAAAGCGAUAAGAAACGAGGGGAAAGGGCCCGAGGUUUUUACCUUCCAUCGGGAAAACUUAUCGCUCGACUCUGAUUAGCACCCAAAGCAAGUGCAAUGUCGUCCAGUCGUCAGUUUAGUGAGAGCAGGGCCAUCCCGACCAGGACGGUGCUGAUCAACGACUCAACGCAGCUACCUCACGACUAUUGCACCACUCCUGGAGGCACUUUAUUCUCCACCACCCCGGGAGGAACCCGAAUAAUCUAUGAUCGCAAGUUCCUAUUAGACCGGCGUAACUCACCCAUCGCCCAGACCCCACCAGCACACCUGCCGGUUAUCCCAGGAGUGACGGGCAAGAACAUCCUCAAUGAAAACAAGAGGAAUGAAGCUAACAACAUCAACAACCAUGAUGCCAAACCAGGGCAAGCUGAAGAUGCUCAGUUUGAGAUGGACAUCUAAAGAAGAGGAACCAACGUGAAGAACGAUUAAUUACCUGGUACCUGUGUGCCAGUGGCUUGGCUUGUAGAAACCAAUGUUGUGAGCCCUCUCUUUUAGCUCUCUCUAGCUGCUGGGUGCUGCAUAAUCAUGGGGAUAAAUGACUAAAGUUUGCCCAGUGGGGCUGCUGGAGCCCUGAAGGUUAACCUGUGAGCCUGUUGAGCUCUUUUUGUUUAGGUUUCAGGGCUGCCAGCAGCUGUACUUGCUUAAGUCACAGAGCAAGGGAAAAAUUCUUUAUUGUAAGUGCCCGGAUAUAUUACCAAUUUACCGUAAUAGUCUCAUAAACAAAUCAGCCAUCAGAGAUUCACUGCUGAUAGUUCAGAGUACACUGUUCCAGUUGAUACCCUUAAUGCAGUCUACUUUAUUCACAUGUAAACUGAUUUGCAGUCAAGUCAGGAAAUGCAGUUAUCUGCAUGUUCAUGUCCUCCCAAAUGUAAUAUGUAUAUAUAUAUAUAUUUUUCCCCCAUCCAAAACGGUUACUGGAUCUUUUUUCCCCAGUUUAAUUUCAAAGGGAUUAUCAUAAUAAUCAUAAUUUUGAUUCAAAGUGAAAGAAUUCUAUAUUCAUUCCAAGUCUUUUAUAUCAGUUAAAACUUUUGUCAGGUAUUUGUUCAGCUCAAAAGAAUAGUUUUAUAGAAUUGUCCAAAAACAUUGAAACCACAAACCUUAAUCACUCAUUUGAAUUUUUACAGGAUUAUGAUGCCAAACAAAUGUAUACACAUUUUUGAAUCUUAUUUAGAACUACCCCAAAAUGAGCAUGAGCAAAUUCUUUGAAUUUCCUUUUGCCCAGUGUAAUCAUAAAGUAAAUAACAUCUGAUCACAAUUUUGAAUGACCAAACUGAUAUUUUAGGGCAGAGAGAAUGUUUCCGUUCAGAUUCGUCCUGCUAACAGUAUGGUUUGUACUUACCUUUGCAUGGUGAGAUGCUUGAAACGUCAACAUCAGCUCUGUUGUCACAUCCUCUGGUAAAAGGUAGACAAUACCCAGUACUGUUGGACUGGAUCAAUGGUUUAAUAUACUUUAUGAAAUGAUGACAAAAAAAGAGCUGGUCUCAGGAAGCACUUGCAUUAUGUACCUAACAAGUACACAUCUUAUGGCUCCUUUCAGGGGAGAAAUAGGGCGGUGAAUAUUUAACAUUAAUAUCAGCUGUGACAUCUGCUGUCACUUUCCAAUUACUACAAUCCUUACAAACCUUGAUAAUCAAAUCAAAGGUAGGAAAGCACUGAAGUGUUGUUUUGGUCAUUUUACUAUUGUCUGUCUCACAGCCACACAAUGUGAACGAUUCUUCAAAAGAUGGAUAGUUUUGUAGUGACCAGACAUUCAUAUUUUGAUUCAGAUCAAACAUCUUGAAAACUUGAAUUGAAUCUUUCCAAUGCUCUUCUAUGCAUGUUCUUUUAGUCUUUAGUUCACAUGUCAGAUCAUUUAAUCGAUGUUGAAUUUUUUGGGGGAUGCCAAAUCUUGUGGAAGACAAGUAGGUUUGAUUAAUUUUGAAAGAGAAUUAAGCAAAGAGAUUAUCCAAACAAAGUGACCUAAAGAGGAUAAUACUUAUUCUCAUGACUUUAAUUGUCUCUUUCUGUGCUCCAGUCAUUCUCUGAAGCACAGAAUGUUUUUUUUUCUCUCUCUCUCUCUUUCUCUCUCUCACAGUGAUCUUGUGCUUAGCCUCUGUAUCCAUGCCUUACUUUACUAAGCUGAGCAGCUGUGUCAAAUACAGUUCUCUUUCAUACCUUAAAACAGGAUCAGUUCCUUUCUGUUUAAUUUCUUUCCGACUUUCAAGUUGAGGAUACGAUCAAGAUAUUGCUAUGUUUUACUAGAAAACAUUUAUAUUUUUGGAAACAUGUUUGUUACCAUUUACUUUCUUACAGAGAUGGGAAGAUUUGCACAUACAGCAGUGUAAUGUUUGUAACAGUAAGGGGUUGGUUAAAAACAAAUGCAGUUUAGGUUUGACUUUGAUCAGUUGCAGUUAAACUUUCUAUCGUGUAUUCAAUACUGGUGAAAUCCUUCACAAUUAGAUGCCCAAUUUUCCGGUUUAAAUCAGACUUUUGUAAAAGUAACGUUCAAGUAAUAAUGGUUUACAGUAAAGGAAAUCUAUAUUAUACUGUCCUUCUGUAAUAGAUUUGAGUUGUCAAAUCCCAGCUUGUUUCAACUCUGCAAUAUGGAGUUUAAAAUUAUUUUUGUUUAAAGAUUUAAAGCUUAUUUUGCUUCAUACUUUUCCCAGGUCUCAGAAACUAUCAGAAAUGCAUUUAGCUCUGUAUAAGGGGAUUUAGGAUGGAAGUGUUUUAUCUAAUGUGGUGGAAAUUGGAAACUGUAUUUUCUUUCUUCUUUGAGACCCUGUUCUGUUUAAUUUUAAUGAAAUGCCAAUGCCAGUGGACACUGUUACAGCAAAAUCAAUAAAAGUUCCUUGAUAUCAA